AUGUCUAGAGUGGAGGUGUUUAAGGACACAAAUCUCCGCUCUCUGCUGAGGGAGCUGCGUACUGACAUCGCAAUGGCUGUGGACGACCCCUUCCCUCUCGUCUACGGGUUGGCAGAUAAAAACAUCAUCACUGAACAACUGCUGAAGGAAACUCUAGAGAAGGAAGGUCGUGAAGGCAUUCACAAGGCCAUGUACUUCCUCCUCUCCUGGGUGUUGGAGCAAAGCAGAUCCACAAUCCAGACUUUCUGGAGCAACUUAUCCAAAGGCUACAACGUUGAAAGUUACCCCAAGUUGCAGACCCUGCUGGCGAACCUGAACUCAAGACGGGAAGCUGCAAGCUCCAAAAGUGAAAACAGAUCUUCUGGUGGUCUCAAAGUUUCUCACAGCAAGAAAAGGAGCCAUGAAAACAGAGGGGCAACCUCCCAGGAUUCACAGUAUCUUGCCAAGACAAGUGAUGGAGCAGGAAGUAAGGUGAAGCUUUACAGAGUGAAGAGUGAAGCUCAAGCCCCACAGCUGCCGUCUGGAAACAGUGUUCAAGUGGCCUCUCACUCCGUCUCAAAAGGAGUACACUGGUCCUCCUCCUCUUCAUCCUCCUGUACAGAUCGGCCUGUCAGCUCCGACAAAAGAGAAAAGAUACAAAUCAAGAAGGAGUACGGGUCUGCAAGAAAGUGCAUUAAAGUUACUGAAGGAUUUUACUCUGUUGGCCCAGCAGACGACACAAACGCAGCAGCAGCCAAGUCUGCCAAGUCUGCCAAGACCAAGUUCCACCACCAGGGGGAAACGGACCCAAGCACGAUUCCCAGCAAUGAUGACGAGUGUGCAGUGUGUAGGGACGGAGGCGAGCUGAUUUGUUGUGACGGCUGUCCUCGGGCCUUUCAUUUGACCUGCCAUGACCCUCCGAUCACCUCCAUACCCAAUGGGUCUUGGAAGUGUGAGUGGUGCCAUGGACACAAUGUAAACAGAUACAAUGCUCUUGUACCUUUACAAGCGAUCUCAGCUCAGCCUCAGCAAACAAACACAAUCCCCAGCAACGCCAUGUCAGACGUCUCAUUCUACUCCUCACUUACACCUUCUGUCACAAAUGUCACAGCCUCUACGAAUGUGUCUGGUGGCAGAAACCAGUGCUCAGGCGGAGGAGAGCAGGUCGGUGCGAGGGAAGUGUGCAGCGUUUGUCACCUUGGAGGAGACCUGAGCCAGUGCCUUCAGUGUUUACAGCGUUUCCACGUACACUGCCACUUCUCUAAAGGGAGGUCCAUCUGCGUGUCCUGCUCCAGGAUGUGGGGCAGCUCUGCAGAGAAAGAGGCUGAGCACAGAGACAUGCAGGUUCCAACGGUAUUUCAAAACACAGUCACAAGUCACAAUCAGAGCGCUUCCACCUCUGAGCCGGUCGUCCAUACAGACGACCUAGACUGCAUCCUGGGAGACCAUAGCUCCAUUGAUGGCAUCUUGCAGUGGGCCUUCCACAACAUCUCUCGGCCUCCUGCAGACUCUCAGGGAUGCUACCAGUGACAGACAAUCAGGCGUGCAACUUUGUAAACCCUCACUAAUGAAGUCAAUGUAUAACUAAUUAAAAUGAGAGCAUUUUGAAGGCGAUUCCCUCUUUUUACUACAUAUGGAAUAAAUGUGU